GUUUAUCUGUGACUGUGAUCAGACCCCGCCAUGCCUAUGUACCAGGUAAAGCCCAUCUGUGGUGGUGACAUUCAGAUAGAUUUACCCACCUGCAUGUACAAGUUACCAAAUAUCCACGCGCAGCAAGGGAACAGCUGCUGCUCCGAACACGCGCUUCAGAAUGGUGAGGUAGAUCCAGCAGUCAAAGCUCUGGAGGCCCGACAGGAUGAGAUCAUGAGAAAACUGUACGAGCUGAAAGCGGCAGUGGAGGGCCUGUCCAAGACAGUGACCACCCCUGAUGCAGACCUGGAUCUGACAGUCAGCAGCAGUUUGUGCACCCAAUCCAUCAGCGCCGCCACCUUUCAAGGCACCACAGACCUGGACGCACUACUGGGCAAAGACCAGGGUGCCCUCCGUGAUAUUGUCAUAAAUGCCAACCCAGCACAGCCACCUCUGACGCUGCUGGUGCUCCACAGUCUGCUCUCUCAGCGCUACCGGGUUCUCUCCUCUGUCCAUGUCCACUCCUCAGUAGCAAGUGUGUCACCGCAGCUUCUGUCCUGUCUGGGUCCACGGCAUGCUGACAGCUACGCCCGUCACCUGUUCCAGCUGGGAUUCACACUCAUAUGGAAAGAUGUCCCCAAACUGCAGAUGAAGUUCAGCAUCCGAAACAUGUGUCCCAUUGAGGGUGAGGCCAACGUGGCCCGCUUCCUCUUCAAGCUGCUGGCUCCUUACCCCAACGACCCCGCUCUAGCUACCCUGGUGGAUCAAUGGGUGGAUGUGGCUUUCUUUCAGCUGGCUGAAGGCAGCGCCAAGGAGCACGCCGCUGUCCUCCGGGCUCUCAACUCAGCCCUGGGACGCAACCCGUGGGUGGUGGGUCCAGAAUUCUCCCUAGCAGACAUAGCCUGCUACUGCUGCAUGCUGAGCAGCGGCUCAGCUCCUUCAGCUCCUGCUAACGUCCAGCGCUGGGUCAAGUCUUGCGAGAACCUGGGCCACUUCAGUCCUGCCAAGGGACUUGUGCAGUGAUUGGGGGAGGGUUGGUCCUAAGAGCUGACAUCAGGAUGUUUAAAAAAUGAGCAAAGUGAGAGAGAAACAAAUAAAAGGUGUUCACCCUCCCAGCUGUUAUCUGAGAGACUUUCUAAUGCUUUCCUCGACUAAAAUUAUUAAUAACUGACCCUGACUCUAAUGAGAAGGUCAAAGGUUAAACUGAAAACUCUAUUGUGCUGCUUUUUUAUAACAAAAUGCUUUCAGGCUAUUUGCUAGUGAGGAAGUAUUAGGGGCCUGUAAAGACAAGGGCUUGGUGAUGGAAUGAUAUCACAGGUACUGACAGAAACAUACUAAACUUUCCCACUCUGUGCCUAAGAUGAUCCUGUUCUACGUGUGUAUGACUGGAUAUUUUCAGGAGUUAUACAUUAGAACUUGUUUGUUUGUUUGUUUUUUUCUGAAGCCAUUAAAACUUUGGCUCAAACUUGG